AUGCCAGUUAUUCCUUUACUUGGCACAGUAUUCCUCGGAUCAGUCGACUCCAAUCAUUCAGAAGUAGCCAUAAUCGAGGAAGAGGACUUUUUCGCAUUACGAUGUUCGAAUCUAAGAAGUGCCUCGAACAUAUCGGAAUGUUACGUUCAGUACGAUCAUGGAAGAGUCUUGGAAGCUAUGCACAGUGCAGCCGUCGAUCUCACGCUAAGCACCUCAGCUAUGCGCCAUGCCGAGUCUAUAAUUGGCGAUGAGAACUGUGAUAUAACAUCGACGUCACUUCAAGGAUGUUACAACUGUCUACGGGGAGCUGAAGUCACACUUUCAUGUUACCGAAUCGUCCGAUCAUGA